AAAAAAAGGAAAUAUCCUUGCCGUGUAUAUUUCUUCAAUUCAAUACAUGAACCCUUUCAUACGAAGGAACCAAAUUGACAAAAGUGGUUAAGUAUUGACUUCUUAAAAAUAUUUCUUGCCGUCUAUGUUACACCAAGUACCCUAUCCUUUCAGUAACUGUUAAAAUAUCUAGUCUUUUUUCUCCCUUAUAUGAAUCUUGAAUUCACUCUGAUUAUAAAUUGUCAAAUUUUGCUACAAACAAUUUACAAACUUUCUUUCAAACCCAUGAUUUUUUACUGAAUUAUAGAUGAUGGGUUGAUCUAGAUUGAACAAUUUGAUGUUGGUUUAAGUUAAAGAUUGGAUUUUUUUUCAGUUUCUUGAUUUCAACAACCCCAAAUGGUCUGUGUACUUCCAGUUGACCAAGAAUUAACCUUAGCCAAAUCCCAGAAUUCAAGUGAUUCUUGUCUGAAAUUGAGGAAAAUGAAUCAAAUGCAAAAGAAAAAGUACAUGUCUAAUUUCAAGAAUCAUUUAAGUAUCCCUGCUUGUCAGCAAUCUGGUUAUGCUUUGAUUGAUGUAAUGAUUUUGAUUGCUGUGAUUGGUGCUUCUGGGGUUUUGUUGUAUCCUUCUGUUAAUCUUUUGGUGAAUAAAACAACUGAAUUUCUUAGAUUAAUCAGUACUGAGGUGAAAGAGGAGAUUUUUGAAGCUCCAAUGGUAUACAUGUGUUUAGGACUUAGUAUUUUAUUUGCUGGAAUAGCUCUUUGUGCAGUUGCUGUAUGUACUGGCAGGAGAUGUGGGAAACCGGGUUGUCGCGGGCUUAAGAAAGCUGCUGAAUUUGAUAUACAAUUAGAGACAGAAGAUUGUGUUAAGAACUCGAAUUCUGCAGGUAAAGAUGGAGUCAAUAAGAAGGGAUUGUUCGAGUUACCUCGUGAUCAUCAUCAAGAAUUGGAAGCUGAGCUUAAAAGGAUGGCACCUCCAAAUGGAAGAGCUGUUCUGAUAUUUCGAGGGAGAUGUGGAUGCUCUGUUGGGACAAUGGAAGUGCCUGGACCGAAAAAGACUCGAAAGGUUAAGAAAUAGGAGUAAUGUUUAUCUGUAAAACAUAUUUUAUAAUGAAGUUGGCCUGAUGAUCAUAUGAUAUGAAGAUACUAUUUCCUUGAAUAAGCUUACUGAAAUAAAUCAAAUGAAUUAUAUAGAAAAGUCAUUUGUAGUA